UUGGUUUAGUGUGCUGGUUUUGUGUUGGUUGGCCUCCAGCUAGGAGGUGGUGCUUUCAAGAGUGCAUCAGCUGUGUCCUCUAGAGAGGAUGCCAAGUUUCCCUAGGGAGAGCUGGUUAAGUAUUCAGAUUUCUCAGGCGGUGGGCAGGGCCACAGAACUCCCAAGAGAUUCUGACCUUGGUCUUUGGCUACCAGGGUGGGUAGAGAAAGACCACCAGGUAGAGGCAGGGAUAGGCGUGGCUGAACUCAGCCUCUCCUUGGGUGCGGCUUGCUGUGGCUGCUGUGGGGGAUGGGGGUGUGAUAUCCGGUCCAAUGGAGUUAUAUUCCCAGGGGGAUUAUGGCUGCUUCUGCUGAAUCAUACAGUUUGCCAGCAAGUGGGGGGAAAGUCAGCGGUCAUGGGCCUCAGCCUGCUCCCACACAGCCUGCAGUCCUAAAGGCCAGUGUCACUCCCACUGUGCCCCGCAACAGCAAUGAGUCUGUGUCAGGGCAACCAGUGACUAGGGCUGAGAACUUGUCCCAGACCACCAGCUUCCCCGCUGACAAAGCAAGCAGACUCAGUUUUUCGGUAUCUCAGGGGGCCUGCAGCAGUGAUCCAGUUUCUUCAAAGGGUCUGUGAAUUCUCUCAGCUAUCCUGGUAUGUUCCUGCAGUACUUCUUGGAGCAAAGGUUUACAGUUUGAGUCUCCACAGGCUGCUCUGUCCAUCUGAGCAGGAACUUCAAGCUAGUCCUGCCUCCUAUCUGCCAUCUUACCCCCGUGCAUUUAUCUGAAAUCAAAAUACUUCUAAUAAAAGUAUUACACUCUUAAUAUUCCAGUAUGAAAGUUCCUUUCUGCCCACAUUAGAAAUAAUGUGAAUCUUUACUAAUCUGAUAGGCAAAAAAAUCAUCUCUCAUCAUUGUUUCAGUAUCACUCAUUUUUGCGCUCUUCUGAAAUUUCAUCCUGUGGAUGUGACAUAAUCAAUUUUCACAACCCCAUGUUAUUCAGUGCGUUCCAGUAUUCCCUAUUAUCUACACGAUGUGGAUGGCAUUUUUUCAGAGUCUGUGUACUGGUAGUGGGUGUAAUCCAGGGCACAGUUCCCUUGGCUAUUUGCUCUGGUGAGCUGAAUGGGUCCCCUUGGAGUCCAACAACUAUGUUGACGGAAUUGUAAUACUGUGAUAACAGAAGCUGGUUGAUGUAGGAGUGUGUGUGUGUGUAUGUGUGUGUGCUGACAACCACAUUUCCCUUCACUUCCUUCUGGAUUCUUUGUGUCUUUGCAUCUCAUUUGGUUUCCCUUUCCAAAUUCAAGCCCAAAAGUGAAAACAGGGAAAUAUGAGGAUGGCAGUACUUGUAACCAGAUCUUUAUCAACAUUCUUCACUAAGUCCUGAAGAUAAACAUAUAAAAGGAAAUGCUAGCACAAAGGGUGUGAGCCUAUGUAGGCCUUGAUAAGUAUUGCUCUACAGACACUCAUAAAGUAGUGCCAUUUAGACUCCCCAAGUACAGGGAGGUGAGAAAGGCUAUAGAGGAAUGAAGAAAGUACUGACACUGACAAGGUACUGCAGAGGAAAGGCCCUGGACUCUGCGGUGGACACACAUAUUGGUCAUUUGUCUAUUUUUGGUUUUGUUGUCUUUUUAAGUCUUAGCCAUAAAAUUUUUGCCUAGAUCUCUCUUUCCCUUCGGCGCGCCACUGAGGAUCCUGGUGUCGCCAUGGGCCGCCGCCCCGCCCGUUAUUACCGGUAUUGUAAGAACAAGCCAUACCCAAAGUCUCGCUUCUGCCGAGGUGUCCCUGAUGCCAAGAUUCGCAUCUUUGACCUGGGGUGGAAGAAGGCAAAAGUGGAUGAGUUUCCGCUCUGUGGCCACAUGGUGUCAGAUGAAUAUGAGCAGCUGUCCUCUGAAGCCCUGGAGGCUGCCCGAAUUUGUGCCAAUAAGUACAUGGUAAAAAGGUGUGGCAAGGAUGGCUUCCAUAUCCGGGUGUGGCUCCAUCCCUUCCACGUCAUCCGCAUCAACAAGAUGUUGUCCUGUGCUGGGGCUGACAGGCUCCAAACAGGCCUGCGAGGUGCUUUUGGAAAGCCCCAGGGCACUCUGGCCAGGGUUUACAUUGGCCAAGUUAUCAUGUCCAUCCGCACCAAGCUGCAGAACAAGGAGCAUGUGAUUGAGGCCCUGCACGGGGCCAAGUUCAAGUUUCCUGGCCGCCAGAAGAUCCAUAUCUCAAAGAAGUGGGGCUUCACCAAGUUCAAUGCUGAUGAAUUUGAAGACAUGGUGGCUGAAAAGUGGCUCAUCCCAGAUGGCUCUACGUCCCCAAUCGUGGUCCUCUGAACAAAUGGCGGGCCCUGCACUCAUGAGGGCUUCCAAUAUGCUGCCCCCACUUAAUACUCACCAAUAAAUUCUACUUCCUGUCCA